CACGAAUUAUUAUUGCUUUCCAUAUGGGCGAAAAAAGCUGAGUCUCACCAUAUGGCACGGAAAUGAAAACGACAGAAUUAACACAUACAGCAUGUAAUUACGCAAGAAGAAUCGAGAGGAACACCGUCAGCAAGGGGGCAAAGAUUGCACCGCUGCGAGCGGCAGCGGCAGCGGAAGCAGACGACGGGGACAGCGAUGGGCCCCUGCGGUAGAAAGGGAACCAAGGAACGAUGGGGUUCGGCGGCGGAGGUGCAGGCAGCGCGUAGUCCGGCGGAGAAUAGGAAGGCAGGUAGCCUCCUGAUGGCGGCGGAUAGUAUCCGUCAUAGGACGGUGUCCCGGGCGGCGGAGGGUAGCCGCCCCAUGUCGGCUCCGAGGGUGGCGGCGGAGGGUAAUUCGUCCCCAAUGUUGGCGGCGGCAGGCACGGGUAAGGGCAUUCCGGGGGAGAAUAGUCGGAGCGACUCGACCGAGGAAGAACGAAGAGUAACAGGAAAAAGAGAAACGCAGAGGAGUGCUUUGAAUUCAUGGUCGGGUUUCUGGAAAGGGAGGAGGAAAGGAUGAAGAAAGAAACCGGAGGAGGAAGGAAAGGUAGAGGAGAAAGAGGGAGAGAGGCAUGCAAUAAUUGAAGUGGUGCAAAUGGUAGGAGUUGGUGGAGAGCGUGACGACAGGGACGGGGACGGGGACGUAGCUACUACAAUAGCAUGGCUGGAUUCACACGUUCUCACCAUCUCCACACGGUCGCAUCAUGGCUGUGGGCAAACGCAAGAAAGAACCGGUCCUCUCUCUCGCGGGAAUAAGCGUAUACACGUGUGCUUCUGCAUGCCCAUCGAUGAACGGCCUGCCCUAUACGUGUCUCCAAUUCCGCUGCACAUGCUAGUAUAUAAUCCUCCUGUGUCUCUCGUUUGUUCCACUUGAUCUCCAACAGGCCGAAUGGCGGAGCGGCAAGCUGGCCCAGGCGUAGCGCCGUCGACACGGCCACAAUGGGCGACCGGCCCCCCCGGCAGGACCAGCCUCGUCCGCCGGCUUCAGGAGCAGGCACCCAACUCCACGCAAGUCAUCGGCUUCCUCACCUUCGUCGUCUCCGGCGCCAUUCUCCUGCUGCUCACCGGCCUCACCCUCACCGGCGCCGUGAUGGCCCUCAUCUUCUUCGGCCCCAUCAUCCUCCUGUCGAGCCCGAUAUGGGUGCCGGCCGUCUUCGUAAUGUUCGUGGCCACCGUGGUGGUCCUCUCCGCGUGCGGCUUGGGCGUGGCGGUCCUGGCGGGCACCUCGUGGCUGUACAGGUACUUCAUGGGGCGCCACCCGAUGGGGUCGGACCGGGUAGACUACGCCCGCAGCAGGAUCGCCGACACCGCCACCCACGUCAAGGACUACGCCAGAGAGUACAGCGGGUACCUGAAGAGCCGGGUCAAAGAUGCGGCGCCGGGAGCUUAAUCGACGGCAUUCGAAUGUUAGUGUUACGCCAUGUUGCUUUGAUGUUCGUGUUAUGCCAGGUUCUGUUACUGCAGCGUUUCUUCUUUUGAUUCCUCAUCCACCGGGGAAGAAACAUUUGGAGGACGGAGAAUAAGCAGUCCGCCUUAGGAGUCUUAACCCAGCAAAACAUCUGCAGCUGGUAAACCUGCACAUUUUACUUCUA